AACUCGGGACUCGUUUAGCCGAAGCUAGAACGAGAGCGAGCUAACCAACCUAGCCUCGAGUGAAGUAAAAAAAAACCAAGUCGGCGGCGUGCAAAUCUUUUGUCUUUUGUGCUAUUUCUGGAGGUGCUACCAAGCCCAAAAUUGGAUAUAAUCAAGAGGAGGUGUUGUCGAUACUGGUGCCAGCUACAUUUGUUGUCCCUGCUGCCCUUUUUUCCUCAUUGUUGGGGAAGAAAGAGAGGAGAAGAGGAGGAGGAAGAAGAAGGGGGGAGCGUCCUGGACUGCACAGCCGAGUCCAUGCAUGUUAGCAUCGGCUGCAGAGCCACAGCUAACCCUUAUAUAUAAACACACACACACCUCUUUUUUUCUAUGUGUGUGUGUUUUUUUUGACACAAUAUAAGAGUGGGUGCAUGCAUAGGUGCAAGCUUUUUUUUUUUUUUUUAGAGGGGAGGACCUGUCUGGGUUGUAUCACCCCCUUAAUUGAAGCUUGUACCUGUGUGUAUUAAUUGUACUUUUUUGUUUUUUUUAAUGUCGUGUCACCAGACAGUGAGUAGUAGUCGUCCCUGCAGAAGAACCAGACGUGGAGCAUGCAGGAGAAGAAAAGACAUCAGAUAAGUAGAUAAAGGGGUGGGGGGGGGAAGACACAUCUGAGUUAAGAUUGGGGGGUAAAGUAGUAAUAGUAGUAGUGGUGGUUUAUUCCCCCUACACCCACUAACCCUAAUUAAAGAGGGGGUUUGCAAGUUUUUUGGAUUUUUUUUUUUUCCUUUUAAAUCUUGGACUUUGAGGAAGUUCCAACACAAGGAUGAAGAAGUUUUCCAGGAUGCCAAAGUCAGAGAGUGGAGGGCUCGGAGGGGCGUCCGGUUCCUGCUCCAGCUCAGGAGUCAGCAGCUACUUGGGGAAAGUGUUUGCAGUCGGUCGGUUUCAAGUCACCGUGGAGGAGCUGAUAGCAGAGGGAGGCUUCUCGGUGGUUUUUCUGGCUCGUACGCACAGCGGCGUCCGCUGCGCUCUGAAAAGGAUGUACGUCAACAACGUCCCGGACCUCAACGUCUACAAGAGAGAGAUCACUAUCAUGAAGGAGCUGUCAGGCCAUAAGAACAUCGUCGGCUACCUGGACUCCACCAUCAACGCUGUGUCGGACAGUGUUUGGGAAGUCCUCAUCCUCAUGGAGUAUUGUAAAGCGGGUCAGGUGGUGAAGCAGAUGAACCAGCGGUUGAACGUUGGCUUCAGCGAGGCCGAGGUCCUCCACAUCUUCUGCGACACAUGCGAGGCAGUGGCCCGCCUGCACCAAUGCAAGACCCCCAUCAUCCACAGAGACCUUAAGGUACACGACGCUGUCAUAUCGAGCGCCGGAGAUGAUUAACUUGUACGCAGGGAAGGCCAUCACCACUAAGGCUGAUAUAUGGGCACUCGGAUGCUUGUUGUACAAGCUGUGUUUUUUCGCUCUUCCAUUUGGGGAGAGUCAAGUCGCCAUAUGUGACGGAACCUUUAUCGUUCCAGAUAACUCCAAAUUCUCCUUCAAGUUGCACUGUUUAAUCAGAUAUAUGCUCGAACCCGACCAGGAGAAGAGACCAGACAUUUACCAAGUGUCCUACUUUGCCUUCAAGUUAACUGGAAAGGAUUGUCCAGUGUCAAAUCUCUUUAGCUCUCCCAUCCCUACAUCACUACCAGAGCCUCUAACGGCCAGCGAGGUCGCCGCGAGGAAGAGUAUGACGAAAGCAAGGAUAACAGACUCUGUGGGUCCGACUGAGACAUCGAUAGCUCCCAGACAGCGGCCAAAGGCAGCAAACAGCAACGUCCUGCCCAUCGCUAACACGGUCACGCCUGUCAAAAUGACCGUUCCUUCAGCAGCACCCGUCAGCAACGGACAGAAAGCUCCCACCCCAAGCGCAGCGCAGCCAGCCAUUCAGCCGCAGCCUAGCAGUCAGCAGCAUCGAGUCCUGCAGCAGCUGCAGCCCGGUGAUCUGCGUCUGCAGCAGCUGCAACAGCAACAACAACAACAUCACCACCAUCAACAAGCAGUGCAGCAACAACACGCUAAUGCACAGCAACUCCAAUACCUCCAGUACCAACAAGCUUUGCAGCAGUCCAUUCAGAUGCAGCAGCAACAGGCUUUGCUCCAGCAGCAGCAGCAGCAGCAGCAGCAGCAACAGGCGUUGCUCCAGCAGCAGCAGCAGCAGCAGCAGCAACAGAUGAUGAUGCAGCCGAUGUACCAGCAGCAGGUUGCUCAAGCUCAGGCUCAGGCCCAGUACGCAGCCAUGCUGCACCAGUACCAACAGGCCUUUGUCCAGCAGCAACAACAACAACAACAACAACAACAACAACAACAACAACAUCAUCAGCAGCAGCAGCAUCUUCUUCAUCAUCAUCAUCCUCAGCAGCAGCAGCAGCAGCAUCUCCCCGCUCAGCAGCCGCUCCCCUAUCUGUCCUCCCCUCUCGAGUUUCAGAUCCCUCUCGGUUCCUACAAUGCAACUACACCCACAGCAGGAACCGGAGCUGGGAGCGGACCGAUGGGCGGACCGUCACCUGUGGAUCCAUCAUACACUAACCCCAGUAGAAACCCUCUGCUCUCCUCAGACGGGAUCACCCCUCCCUCUCAGAGCUGCAACAGUACGGUCAGUAACCCCCCCGACAUGUCUGGCUGGAAUCCUUUCGGAGAAGACAACUUCUCCAAGCUGACGGAGGAAGAGCUGAUCGACCGGGAGUUUGACCUGCUCAGAGCAAAUAAACCCGUUGAGAGAACAGCCAGCGUGGAAACGGACCGACCGCCUCAUGCUGCUGUUGCUGCCGCGUCCGUCACCUCCGUCAGCGCCGCCGCCACCACCACCAAGCCCCUCCCACCAGAGGACCUGUUCGGCUCGGUCCCGUUUGUGGCCAGCGCAGGUACCAACGUGAUAACCACUGAGCAGACCAAAGAGGAAGUCGAAGUUCCCGCGCCCGUCACAACCCCCAUUGAUGAGCUACAGCCGCCAGCCGCCAAGGAGCACAAACCGGGCAGGAGGAGCCACUGUAGACCGGGUGAAGAGUCCGACAGCGACUUCGAAUCCGACCCUCCUUCGCCGAAAAGCAGCGAGGACGAAGAGCAAGAGGAGGACGAAGGCUUGAACAGCGAGCACGGCGACGAUACCGAACCGGAGAACAUCGGGCAGAGACCUCUACUGAUGGACUCCGAGGAAGAGGAGGACGAGGAGAAGCACAGCUCGGAUUCAGACUACGACCCCAACAGAGUCAAAACCCGCUCGAAGAAGCAUCCAGGCGGUAAAGGAGCUGCCGCCACUCCCAGAAACAGUCCUCGAGAAGAGUCCGACAUGACGCUGAUCACUCCUCCUGAGUCUCCCAGCAGGGUGAGAGCCUCUUCAGCCCAGGACGCCAUCGACGUGUUCGGCGCCGUUCCCUUCUUUAAAGGAGACGCGCCUGCCGUCGGACCUUCGGAGAGCUCGGACAUCUUUGCCAAAGCGCCUUUUAGGCAGGUGAGCCAAGAGCAGCAACCUCUGGACGAGUUCGAUGUCUUCACCAAAGCGCCGUUCAGUCGGAACCUGUCGAAACCAGGCAAAGGUAGCGGAGAUGUUCCCAUGGGUCAAACGCCACCCGUUUCCCCCGAGAGCUUUGACAUUUUUGGGUUCUCCCCCUUUCACCCGGGCCCCACCGAUCCGCCUCCGACCACGUCUAGAAGCGCCGAGGACAUCUUCAGACCGUCUUACGAGGAGUCGGCGAGUCCUCAGCAGCAGAGGUUGAAGCAGCGGAGCCUCCAGAAGCUGUCGUCGCGCCAACGGAAAACCAAGCAGGAGGCGACGGCCGGAGGCAGCAGCAACGGCAAACGACACCACGGUACGCCGACGGGGGGACGCAAGAGCAACAAGCCCACCUACCGCACGCCGGAGCGAGUCCGCAGACACAAGAAGGUCGGCCGCAGAGACUCGCAGAGCAGCAACGAGUUCCUCAGCACGUCGGACUCCAAGGAGAACAUCAGCGUCGAUAUAACGAUGUCCGAAGGGAAAGAUAAAGGCGCCUCUCUGCCGGUAGACGAGGUUCUUUUAGACCCUUUCGGAGCCAAACCGUUCCAGCCUCCGGACGGCAGCCUGGUGAUGGUGGGGGGAACGGCCAACGGGAAGACCUGGAGCUCUCUUCACGGUGGCGUCGGUGCUCUGGACGAAAGCAAACCCAUUGAUGAUUUCGGGGCGGUGCCUUUCACAGAACUGGUCACCCACAGCGGACCUCAGCAGCAGCAGCAGGAGGAGGAAGAACAGCAGCUGUCGCCCUUCUUGCCGUCGCAGCCGGUGGAGCUCGACCCUUUCGGAGCUGCGCCUUUCCCAACGAAGCAGUAACUCUUUGCGUCUUCCCCAACGCUGUUAAAAGUUAAAACAAACAAACCCCUGAGCUUUUUCUUUUCUUUUCUCUUAUCGGUUUGGGAACAUCUUCAAUCAAGUCACUUGGACGACGAAGCUAACAAACGUCCUUAAAAAAAACGCUUCCUUCUUCUUCUUCUUCUUCUUCUUCUUCUUCUUCUAUUUCUUUCUUCUUUUUAAUACAUCAACCUAAAAUCCUGUGGAGUGCGAGUGAUGUUUUCCACAUAUCUUUCACAGCUGAGAAGCCUUUUUAAUGCUGCAAUCUUUAAACGCUUUUAAAAAAGACGUUUUAACCCAGAAAAAAAAAACACACUCGGAAAAAAAAUUGUACUGUGAUUAUUAUAAGCUUUUUAACGUUUUGACCGGCUGCUUAGCAACAAGCUCUUUACUAGCCUGCCUUUUGUUUUUAUUUCGAAGCACCACGAAGCCUUACCUGAGCUCGGCUCUUCCUGCCUUGCUGCACAGUACCUCGAGAAAAGAAAAAAAACCCACCUUGACGCCAAAUGCCCCCUUUUUUUUGGCGUCGGUGUAAUCAUUUUUGGGAGUUUUUUGUCCUUAAACCACUUUGUUUUACCCUUAUUGUUAUUAUUGUUAUUAUUAUUAUUAGACCUAUGCAUAAUUUCACAGUAGUCUUUUUAACGCAGCUGGAUGUGGCUGCGAUUUGUGUUGCAUUACACUCGGAGAACUAGAAGGGAUUUUAUUGUAUUUCCUUUAAUAAGAAAAAAAAGAAAGAAAAAACUUUGGAUCUGUUAAUCGGGAAAAGUUUAACCCUUAUAUACUGUUCAGAGUCAAAUUUGGCAUCAUUUUUAGCCUGAAAUUAGACGAUUUCUCCAAAUUUGACCCAUAAUAUACAAAGAAGGAAGCGUUUUUGACCCAUAUUCAUCAAGAAAAUUCAAAAAUGGUCAUGCAAAAAUGUUUUUAUUCUUCAUAUUUAAUCUAAUUUGUUGAAAUUGGAUCAUAAUAUAGUGUUUUUUUAUGGUUUUUUAUCAUAAAACCUUUUAAAAAUGAACUUUCUCUGCUCUCAGGAAGCUUCAAUAAGGAUCAAUCAUGUUUAUUUGUGAUGCAGAAGUUUAAUAUAAAGACUAAUUAUGAGGAAAAUACCGUGACGGGUCAGAAUAUGAACAGUAUGUGAGGUUUAAAUUUAGAUUCUUAACUUGCUUUUUUUUUGUUUUCUAGCAGUAAACUUGUAUUUAAGUAAAAAUGUUUAAGUUUCUACUCAUUCUGUUAGAAAGAUUAAGGAAGAAAUGAAACACAAAGCCACAUUAAAUCACUACUAGUCUUGGGUUUCUGUAUUUUAAGGAACUUUUUGACCCCCCCUCCCCCCCUUCCUCUCUUUAUAGAGGUUCAAAGGCUUUUACCGCUAUUUUCUUAGCAAUGAAUGGAAGUGCUUUCAAAUUCAUAACAUUUUUACAGCUUGAGAAUAAAUAAUAAAUGCACCAUAAGUUACAGGAUAGAGUUGGUGGUAUUUUAUAGAUUUUAAUGUUUUAAAAUCCCAUAAAAAAAGACCAAAAAAAUCAUCUUGUUUCUCAGUAUUUUCCGACAUGCUGCCUGUGGCUUUAAUUAAUGUUAUUUUAAAAUAGAAGGAAAUAAUGUUUUUAGUGGUGAAUUAAUCCACAAUUGGUGCUUGUAUAUGAGUAUUUUAUGGAUAUACACCAAUUAUACUUGUUAAUAUGUGAUUUUUUUUUUGCCAUUUUUGGCUUUUAAUGGGAUUUUUUAACAGCAAAAACUUUUGAAUUAUCACCUGAUUUUACUCCUUUAACCCUUACAUACUGUUCAGGGUUGAAUUUAACACAUUUGUUUGACAUUUGAGAGAUGUAAAAACACCCACAAUAUACGAAAAAAGACAUAAAAUGCAUCUUUUUUUAUAUUGUGUGCAGCUGAUACACAUUUUUAUAUAUGCAAAUGUACAAAUUUGACUUAAAAAUUAUCGAAAAUCAGCAUUCAAACAUGUUUUAUUCAUUAUAUUCUAUCAAAUGUUCACCUGGAUCAUAAAAUAGUGAUUGUAAAUGUCUUUUUUCCACCAUAAGAUUAACAAAUAUACAUUAAUUAAUAACUAAUAGGGGGGAUUAAUGAAUGUGAUUGGUGUAAAGACUAAUUAUGAGUGAGAAUAUGAACAGUAUGUAAAGGGUUAAUUAAAGGUGCUGGAUGAGGUGAAUUUUGCGUGUUCAUAAAAGGGGAAAAAAGCAACAAAAAAACAUUAUUCAACUACAGACUGAGAAAAUCUGUGAUGAUGUGAAAAUCAGGUUGUUUUUUUUGUCUCUGUGAAAGCACUUUUCUUUAUUUCCAGCGCCGAUUUUCUUCAUUUCUUUAAUUUUCUGUUUGUGUGUGUGUGCGUGUGCGUGUGUGUGUGUGCGUGUGUGCGUGCUCUACAUCCAUCGACGGCCUUAAAAAAAACUUCACUGCAUUUACUUUUCAACCACCAUCGGGCACAUUCAUGAAUUUACACACCUGCAGGUUUGCUGUGUUUUUCGACACCAUUUGAUAAAACUACUUUUCAUUUUUCUUUUUUUUUUUUCUUUCUUUUUGUUGUUUUUGUUGUUUUUUUCUCCACAGGGGUGAAAAAUCUUCUAUUGUAUUUAUCAUGCUAUCCUGCUGUUUGAUGCAAUAAAAAGAUUCAUCUCAUUCAGUG